UUUAGUUCUUUCUCUUCGUAAUUGAGAAGUGAAACGUGCUUGUUCUCUCGUAGCUAAGGCCUAAAGGCGACUUGCACGUAUUUUAUUAAAAAUGGCAACGAAAGCUGAAUUAGCUUGCGUAUACUCCUCUCUCAUCCUUGUUGAUGAUGAUGUCGCCGUCACUGGUGAGAAAAUCUCAACUAUCCUAAAGGCUGCCGGUGUAGAUGUAGAGCCAUACUGGCCUGGUCUAUUUGCAAAAGCCCUAGAAGGUGUCAAUGUAAGAGAUCUCAUCACGAACAUCGGAUCUGGCGUGGGAGCUGCGCCGGCUGCUGGUGCACCAUCAGCUGCCGCCGCCGCACCUGCUGCUGAAGCGGCCAAGGAAGAGAAGAAGGAAGAAGAACCUGAGGAGUCUGAUGAUGAUAUGGGCUUCGGUCUGUUUGACUAAAAAGCUUUAUUUUAAAGCUGCAUUAUUCCCUUGUAAGCUUUAUGAAGCAUUUAGUUGUAAGAAAAUGGUUUUAUAAAAUAUUAAAACCCUGA